AUGGAUACGACGAUGGAAGACAAAGAAGAAUUACUGAUGUAUUGCAAACAUUAUUACAAAGAUAAUCCGACUGAACUGAAUAUUAUUGAUGAAUUCAAAAGAACCUAUUCAUCAAAUCGAGCUAUCUGGUGGUUUACUCGCGAAUGUUUUCUCUAUCGACUAAUAAACAAAGCAUUGCGAGUGCAAAAUAUUGAUUUACUAUAUCUUCUACGUUUUGUCAUCGCUGAUAUUGAUCGUCAAUUGAUGUGUUAUAGAUGUUCAACGCCCGUACGAGUCUAUCGUGCACAGCAAAUGUCACGAGAUGAAAUCGAAAUUUUGAAAAAUUCCAUUGGUCAGUUGAUUUCUAUGAAUUCGUUCCUUUCGACUACUCUCAGUCGUCAAUAUGCACAAAGAUUCCUGCAUCCACUCGAUGAAAACAGCGAUGUGGAACGAGUUUUUUUCGAAAUUGAUGCUAAUCCACAGGCAGACCGUAUGAAAGCCUUCAGUCAAAUCAAUUCUCUCAGUUAUUUUCCACUUGAAGACGAAGUUCUCUUCAUGAUCGGUUCAAUCUUUCGUUUAGAUCACAUUCACUGUGAUUCUGAAGGCAUUUGGAAUAUUCGGAUGGUCUUAUGCGCUGAUGAUGAUCAUCAUCUACAGACACUUUUUCAGCACAUGAAAAAUGAAUUCAAUUAUGAACGAACAGAUACAUUAAUUUUCGGUCAUCUACUACGAAAAAUGGGUAAGUUAGAUGACGCGGAGAAAUAUUAUCAACGAGCACUUGACAGAUUUUCUUUCCACGAUUCAAACAUGGCACUUUGUUACCAUGCAUUAGGUCUUGUUGCUGAUGACAAAGGUGAUUACCAAGCAAGUUUAACUUGGUAUAAUAAAUCUUUGGAAAUAUUCUUACAGAUAUUGGAACCCGAUGAUUCAAAUCUCGCACUGCUUUAUAAUAGUAUUGCGAUUAUUCAUCAACAGACAAAUAAUUAUCAUCUAGCAUUGGAAUCAUAUGAAAAAGCAUUAAUGAUUUGGAGGCAAGCUGUCGGAGAAGAUCAUCCACAUGUAGCGAUAUGUUUGAACAAUAUCAGUAAUGUCUAUCGACAUGAAAAGAAAUAUCAACAGGCAUUGGAUUGCGUAGAAAAAGCUUUGAUCAUUUUGAAAAAGUAUCUUCCUGAUAAUCAUGCAGAUUUAGCUUCAUCCUACGGAAGUAGUGGUAACAUACAUUUUUGCCUUGAACAUUAUGAUCAAGCGUUACAGUACUACCAUCAGUCGUUGACAAUCUAUCGGAAAUGUCUACCCUGUCAGCAUCCAGAUAUAGCGAUGACGUUGAAUAAUAUCGGAAAUGUUUAUGAGAGCAACGAUGAACACGAACGAGCUUUGGAUUAUUAUAAACAAGCUGGAAAUAUUUACCGAGAUUUGUUGCCAGUGACGCAUCCGAAUGUAAUUCAAAUUGAGCAAAGUAUUCAACGGGUAUCAACGAAACUGAAAUGUUAA